AAUCCCAAUCACUUCAAAGGACUUUUUGAACACUCACACAAUAGUACAAUACCAAACACCCCCUAUAUCACUUGUUCUACGACCUUCAAUUCAAGAUCAUCUACAUCUGCAGCAUCAUCUUUCAAUUUACCAGCUACUAUCGGCAACAAUGGCUCUUAAAUUAUACGGUUUCGUCCCUUCAAACGCCACAUUUCGCGCUCUCGUCAGCCUCUACGAAAAGGAUUUAGACGUCGAAUUCGUAAAGGUGCAUAUGGCCGACAGAGAACACAAAACUCCUCAAUUCCUCUCACGCAACCCGUUCGGUCAAGUUCCUGUGCUAGAGGACGGUGACAUCACAAUAUUCGAAUCAAGGGCGAUAACGCAAUACGUAGCACGCGCUUACGCGGAUAAAGGAACGGAUCUGAUGAUGAAUGAUCCGAAAAAGAUGGCGAUUCAGUCGGUGUGGAUGGAAGUAGAAGCUCAUCAAUUCAAUUUACCGUCUCAUAAACUGGUAAUUGAGUUAUAUAUCAAUGUGUUGCAUCGCGGGCGGGAAGCUGAUGAGGCGUUAUUGGCGGAGUUCGAGCCCAAGCUAGAGAGUGUGCUUGACGUGUAUGAAAAAAGGCUGACGGAGAGCAAGUAUUUGGGCGGAGAUAGCUUCACGCUGGCGGAUCUCCACCACCUGCCGAAUGUGCAUUAUCUUAUGAUGACGAAGGUGAAGAAGUUGUUUGACGCGCGGCCGCAUGUGAGCGCGUGGGCUGCUGAUAUUCUUUCCAGGCCUGCUUGGGUGAAAAUUGUUUCCAUGCUUCGAAGUGAAGGUUUUGUUUGAUAUUGAGAGUUGUAUUGUACCCCUAAAUCCGUUUUAAUUAGCCAUGUUGUUGAAUAAUGAUGGAUUUAAGGUGAUAAGAUCUAAUUGUUGGUUGGAUAUAUGGAAUGUUUGGUAUAUUAUGUGUUUAACUAUUCAAUAAACAUAAUCUUUGUCA